AUGCAUCGCUCGGUUGCCAAGCUCGCCUUGCUCCUCGCCACGGUCAUCUUCUCCGUCGCCGCCGCUCAUGCCCGGCAGCUCCAGCUGGCCCAUGCGGCUGGCGCGAGCUGCUUGCCGCACGAGAGAGACGCAUUGCUGGCCUUCAAGCAAGCCGGCAACGACACCUACGACUUCCUCGCCUCGUGGCAAAGACGGCACAAAGAUUGUUGCCGGUGGAGGGGUGUCACCUGCAGCAACGAAACCGGCCAUGUGAUCGAGCUUGACAUUGGUGUCACCUUUUUGGAGGGCAAGAUAAGUCCUUCCUUGCUUUCUCUCGAGCAUCUUGAGUACCUAAAUCUCAACAACACCAACCUACUUGGACCAGACGGUACUUCUUUGUUCCCAGAAAUCUUGUGUUCUUUAAGCAACUUGAGGCACCUCGAUCUCUCAGGGACACGAUUCUCUGGUAGAUUGCCAGCUCAACUUGCCAACCUUUCAAAUUUGGAGUACCUCGAUCUCUCAGAGACAUCCCUGCACGGGCCUAAUGGUCGCGCUCCAGAGUUCUUGCCCCGUAAAAACUUGAGACAUCUCGAUCUCUCAGGCACACAGUUCUCUUGGAGAGUUUCUCCUCAGCUUUUCAACCUUUCAAAGUUGGAGUAUCUCGACCUCUCCCACACUAGCAUGUCGGGUAUACUGCCGCCUCAGCUCGGAAACCUUUCAAACUUGCGACACCUUAGCCUCGGUUUCAUGCAAGAUAUACACACAUCAGAUAUCUCAUGGUUAACUCAUCUCCAUUUCCUGGAAUAUGUUGACAUGAGUAAUAUAAAUCUCAGCAGAGCGGAUGUAUUUCUCGUGGCCAACACAAUACCAUCUCUGAAGGCCCUUAUUCUUAUCAGUUGCGCACUUCCAAAUGCAGACCAGUCGCUUACGCAAGUAAACCUCACGAAACUAGAGCAGCUUUAUCUCUCUGGAAACUAUUUGGGCCACCGAAUUGAAACAUGUUGGUUCUGGAACCUAACAAGCAUCAAGGACCUAGAACUCGAAUCAACCUAUCUUUAUGGUCCAUUCCCUGAUGCACUAGGAGGUAUGAUAUCCCUCCAGCGCAUGAAUUUUAACUAUAAUGGUAAUUCAGCCACAAUGACGGUGGACUUGAAAAAUCUAUGUGAUUUAGAGACCCUAUUGCUCGAUAGGAGUCUUGCAUUUGUGAACCUGACAGAUUUCGUGAUGAAACUGCCACAAUGUUCGUCCAAUAAAUUGAAGAUGUUGAGCUCAAACCACAACAAUAUGGCAGGAGUGCUGCCAGAUAUGGUUGGGCACUUCACCAGCUUGAAGUCCCUUUACCUUUAUAAUAAUAGCAUUACUGGAGCUAUACCAACUGGUUUAGUGAAUUGUACUAGUUUGCGAACAGUCGCUCUCGGUUUGAACCAACUAAGUGGGCAGAUACCAACAUUGCCGAGAAGCCUCACCCAAGUGGACUUAUCCAUGAACAGCUUGUCAGGACCUUUGCCGUCAGAUUUUGGAGCUCCAGAUCUUACAGUACUAAGUCUAUCCUCCAAUUACAUCACUGGUCACGUUCCUAGUCCUAUUUGCAAGUUGCAAAACCUAGUUUUCUUGGAUUUGUCCCAGAAUAGGUUUGAGGGAGAAUUUCCCAGGUGUUCUUCAAUGCCAAACUUGAUAUUCGUACACUUAAGUAACAACAACUUCUCCGGAAAUUUCCCGCCAUUCCUCCAAAACUGCUCGCAAUUGACUUUCCUUGAUCUUGCAAUGAAUGGGUUCGAUGGAGCACUACCAGUAUGGAUCGGAGACCUAGUGAACUUGCGGUUUGUCCAGCUAAACCAUAACAUGUUCUAUGGGGAUAUUCCAGCUAACAUCACAAGUCUUGUACUACUUCAACUGUUCAGUUUAGCGAGCAACAAUAUAUCAGGAUCAAUUGCAUCAUCCUUGUCAAAAUUAAUAGGCAUGACCCUGAAACAUCUGCCAAGAUCUGAACCACAGUGGUUUGAAUUCACAGGCUCUACAGAUGAAAUGCUGCCCGUGGAUAUUUUGUCUGUGGUGAUGAAGCAGCAAGAACUUAAGUUUAGAGGUGCUGCAUUUACUGACAUCGUCAGCAUUGAUUUGUCGCUCAACUACUUGACCGGUGAACUUCCAGAUGAUAUAACUUCUCUGAAUGGACUGUUGAGUUUGAAUUUAUCAUGGAAUCACCUGAGCCAGAAAAUUCCAGCGAAGAUAGGGGAUAUGAAAUCACUAGAAUCACUCGACUUGUCAAGGAACAAUAUCUCCGGUGAAAUCCCAACGAGCCUCUUAGAUUUGACAUAUCUAAGCUCCUUGGACUUGUCAUACAACAAUCUUGCAGGAAGAAUUCCAACAGGCCGUCAACUUGACACCCUGUACGCAGAAGAUCCGUCCAUGUACGAUGGCAACAGUCACCUUUGCGGGCUUCCUGUUCAAAGGAAUUGCUCAGGCAACAGUCCACCAGAGCAUGGGAAUCAUCAGAGAAGUGAAAAUGCUUAUGAACCAGUGAUGUUCUUCUACAUUGGGCUAGCGUCUGGCUUUGUGGUCGGACUCUGGCUUGUGUUCUGUGCUUUCCUGUUCAAAAGGGCGUGGAGACAUGCCUAUUUUCGCCUCUUUGACAAGCUAUGUGACAAGGUGUACGUGUUUGUUGUUGUUACUUGGGGCCGGAUAAACACCAAGGCGACUGCAAGUUGA